AUGACCUCGUCGGCAUCGACGGAUCUGGGAGGUCAGCAGCACCGUAAGGUUUUCAUGAUUUUUUUUGAACUUAUUCUGAACCACUGGAACCAAAAAAUCAACGAUUGCGAUAGGGGGCCGGUUGAGCGUGGCAAAUCGUGUUGUUGGGCUCGUCGGAGAGCUGUACAGUUUCGGUAUGAACUCCUGAUUCUGCCUCUUGUUUUUUUCUUCUAUUUUCUCCUUCAGCGAGUGGUGACGCGACGAAGUAGCGCGAUCGAAGCAUUGGAAUUAGCGGCAGAACUGGAUGUGCGUCUGCAACAGUGGGAAGCAGAAGAAUCUGAGAAGUGGUUAAUAGAGUUUUUGAACAGAAACAGGACUUUGCAAAAGGGAUUUAUGGUUUCAUUUUGGGCAAGUUUUUGGACAGCAAAGAUAGUAAAAGGCUGUUUGCAAACUGGUUUUUUAUGCAGGUUUUGGAGUGAAGUAGCAGCAAGCUUGGGGCCUUUCGGACAACAAAUUUGGACUGUUUUAUUUGGUUACUUAUGCAGGGAUAGGGACUGGUUUUGCAAGUUCAAAAAAUCUGGUUUUGGGACCACAACUUUAUUGGACAUAAAACAAUAA